UCAACAGAACCUCCUCGGUGCGAGCACUGCUAGAUGCCGGUUCGGAUGCGCUUUCCACAGAUGCCUCAGGCCGCACCCCCCUUUUUGGUGGAAUUAGUGCGGACGCUGUGGAAGCAGUGAGCGUAAUACUGGCUCAUCCAACCUGGGGCAGAUCGCCAGCCUGCUUAGUACCUAGCCUUGCUGAAGAUAGAACAACCCCGUUGAUACAAGCUGUGAAAAUGUCGAGUAUUGGUACGUCAUGUCACACUAUUCUCUUACAGUAA